AUGAUUACACCGCCAACAGAUCCUUGCAGUGCAAACAAACUUGCCAGCUCUCAAGGUUUACUAACUCUGUGGAGAGAGAGUGAGCGCACUGGCAGUAUAGAAACGACCGCGCCGCGCGACCGACGACAUCUAGAAAAAAAAUCUAGCUGUCACUUUGGCGGCAACGUGAAAACUUAAAAACUUUUAAUCAAAUUGACUUUUUAAAAUUAGUUUAGUGGAAUUUGUUUUGUUAUUAUAAUUAUUGUUUUAGUUCUUUGACUAGUCAUAAUUGGUGCAAGUGUUAUAUUGUUGCUGUUCAAAGUAAAAGGAGGUGAAACAUUUUUUUUUCAAGUGGUAUCCCAAACAUGCGUCACUAAGCACACAAAAUGGCGGGGCGGGAGCUCGCGGUGGUCGUGUCCCGGGCGUACAAGUACUAUGGGCGAGAGGACAAACCCGACUACAAGCCAGUGCUGCGGCACUUUAACAUGACCGUGGAGCGAGGCAUCAUGUAAGUGACACACAUUAUGGCGGGAGCUCGCGGUGGUCGUGUCCCGGGCGUACAAGUACUAUGGCAGGGAGGACAAACCCGACUACAAGCCAGUGCUGCGGCACUUUAACAUGACCGUGGAGCGAGGCAUCAUAUACGGCCUCCUUGGUCCAUCAGGAUGCGGAAAGACCACACUGCUCUCCUGCAUCGUUGGCAGAAGACAGCUGGACAGCGGCGAGGUGUGGGUUCUGGGUGGAAGACCUGGGGAGAAGGGGAGCGGCGUGCCUGGACCCAGGGUUGGGUACAUGCCACAGGACAUAGCUCUAGUCGGGGAGCUAACGGUGCGCGACGCGAUCUACUACUUCGGGCGGAUCUACGGCAUGAAGAUGAAGAAGCUUAGCGAUCGAUUCGAGUUCUUGAGCAACCUUCUAGACCUGCCGCCGGCUGGGAGACUGAUCAAGCAGUUGUCUGGAGGACAGCAGAGGAGGGUGUCGCUGGCUGCAGCGCUAGUGCAUGAGCCUGAGCUGCUUAUCCUGGAUGAACCUACGGUUGGACUUGAUCCAGUACUUAGAGAACGAAUAUGGGAGUUUUUGUCAGAACUGGCGAGAGGGGGCACCACUGUCAUCAUCACAACGCACUACAUCGAUGAAACCAAGCAGGCGCACAAGAUCGGUCUGCUCAGAGAUGGCCAGUUACUAGCAGAAGAAUCCCCAGAAGAACUGAUGCGCAAGUUAGACUGUAAUAACCUAGAAGAAGCGUUCCUGCAGCUUGCCAUGAGGCAUCAUGAGCUGUCUCCCAGAAGAUCAACUCUGACGACGUCUCCAGACGUGAUCCCGGACAGCGUGGUGAACGCCGUGGAGAGCCGGGGACAGUUCGAUUCCCGGGAGGACUUUAGUGUAGUCACCAGCAGCACUGAUGUAUUAACCAAAAAAGAGAAAGCCAAAGACUGUAGCGGUAAGUCGCGAGGGCGGUACAAGGCCGUCUUCAUCAAGAGCCUACAACAAUUCUCCAGGCAUCCUGGCGGGCUGAUAUUCUCGGUUCUAUUCCCUAUUAUCCAAGUAGUGGCGUUCUUCUCUGCUAUAGGACACGACCCACGUGACCUGCACGUCGCCGUAGUCAACGACGAAGCACGGUUGUCGCCAUAUGGUCUCAGUAUUUGCCAAAAUAGCAGCCUAAAGCCGAUCGUACGAUACGACAAUGACACUUGCUCGCAAUAUAUGCUAAGUUGUUGGUUAAUUGAAGAAAUGGCCAAAUACAAAGUUUAUGAGAUACCAUUUGACACAGUAGAAGAGGCCAAGGCAGAAGUAACUAACGGCAAGCUGUACGGGGCCGUGUACAUUCCGCGGAACUUCAGUGAGGCCCUGGGUGAAAGGUUCCGCGAGGGUGAUGUACCUGAUAAUAUCGUGGAUGAAAGUACAGUCAGCGUGUGGCUUGAUAUGACUAAUCACCAAAUCUCCAAUUUUUUGAAACUAAAGUUCCACAAGGCAUAUGAAGGUUUCACGAAACGGGCGAUGAAAGCCUGCGGCAGACCCGAGCGCCUGGUGCAGAUUCCAGUGCACUUCAACGAGCCCAUCUACGGGAAGAUGAACGGGCAGUUCGUGGCGUACAUGGCGCCUGGCGUUAUGAUCACAAUAAUCUUCUUCCUGGCGGCCGUGGUAACGUCAACCUUGAUGAUCGGUGACCGUUUGGAAGGAGUGUGGGAACGGAGCGCAGUCGCCGGAGUCCAGCCUAAAGAGAUGCUGCAUGUGCAUAUCGGGAUACAGGCCACCGUUAUUUUAGUACAGACCAUAGAAAUGAUGCUACUCGGCUACGUAGGUUAUGGAUUACCCACCAGAGGUUCCCUGUUCGCCUGUGGCUGCCUACUGUUCCUCCAAGGCCUCAGUGGAAUGUGCUACGGGUUCCUGCUCUCUGUAUGCUGCUCCAGCUACACCAUGUCAUUCUUCAUCGCUACUGGGAGCUUCUACCCCAUGAUCCUGCUAUGCGGAAUCGUCUGGCCCUUGGAAGGCAUGGAGAGGUACCUCCAAUACAUCGCCCUGUGCCUCCCCUUCACUAUCCCCUCGAAAUCCCUCCGUGACAUCAUGGAAAAGGGCGCCACCAUUUUGGAUACCUCCGUGUAUACUGGUUUCCUCAUAACUGUGGCCUGGAUUAUCAUUACUCUGGGCCUGUGUUUCUUAAGGCUGAAGUAUAGAAAGACGUAGUUUAUUGUGUAGUUAGUUAGUUGGGAAUUAUCAGUGUUAAUGUGAAUAUUUUACAAUAGAAAAUAAUAAUGAAAAAGUGCUCCACCAUCUUGGAAAUCUCCGUAUAAACCGGGUUUCUCAUAACCGUGGUGUGGAUUAUCAUUACUCUGGGCCUGUGUUGCCUAUGGCUAAAGUAUAAAAAGACGUAAUUUCUUGUGUAGUUAGUCGGGAGUCAUCUCAUGUGGAUAUUUUGCAGUAUUUUGAAAUCAUGUUUUAUUAAAAUCGUGGAAAUAGGCUCAAAAAUCUUGGAUACCUUGGAUCUAGGUAUAUACGGGGUUUUUCAUCAACGUAACUGGUGUCAUUACCCUCGGCCUGUGUUUCUUAAGGCUGAAGUAUAGGAAGAAGUACUUAAUUUGUGAAAAGUUGGAACUUAUAACAGUUGGAUAAAUUGAUGUACCUAUUUUGAAAUUGCGUUUUAUUAAAAAAUGUUCUGGUGAAAACCUGGUGGAGUAUGUACUCGUAGUACAAUCCAGAGGGACUACCGCGAACCACGUUUGACGUGUUGCCUCCCUGUCACACUUACGUACGAAUUCAUAAGUGCGACAGAGAGACAACACGUCGAAAGGCCUCCAGGACUUUAAUCGCAAAUAGCUUGGACAUUUAUUUAGGGACCUAGAGGUCAAUACCAUUUGAGAAAUACCUAAUAGUAAAAGUCCUUAAUCGUACAGUCGACGCACAAAUAUCUGAACACCGCCUCUAUGUCUAAGUAUUAGCGUGCAUGUUCGUUUAGAUAUUUUUGUGCACCUUGGCCGUCUUUAUACAUAUCGACUGUGUCCACGGUAUAUCGGUGUUACCUAUGAUUUGAAGUGGUAUUAAAAGAGUUAUAAUGACAUUUAAAAAAGACAGUUGUUGCGUCUAAAAGCCAUAAAAAUUGGCUAUUUUACACGGUGUAUUAUAAUAAUAUAGAUUGCCCAAUUUAAUAUGGAGGUAAAAUAGAAAUAAAUAGAUUGCUCAAUAAGGUUAAAAGAUGUAUUAUAAGUUGUGUAUUGUGUUAGGAAUAAAAUAUAAUAAAUAGGCUGUUGAUACAAUUUACUAAGCAGACGGUUUAUACAUUCAUUUUAAAUGUUACAAACCGAUAUCACAAUCUGUUAUAAAAAAAAUAGAGUUUAUAGUUUUUUAACCCUUUCAAUGCCAAGAAGUGAGCACCUUAAUGUGUCGUACCCACAAUGACAAGAACGACUAUACGCGUUAUAGCGUAGGCUGUCAAGUUACCUUCAAGUUUUUAAUUAAAUUGUAUAAUUAUUGUACCAAUGACGGUGGCGUGUGAGUGGUAUUUUUAGAUAAUAACGUUUGGUAAAGAAAGGGUUAAUAAAUAAAACUGGGUGCUGUAUGAAUUUUGUAUGUAAAUAAUAUACAGGGUGUAACCAAAAUACGAAUGAUCCAUUUAAGUGCAUAAUCAGUAAAUCGUAUUUUGAUUAGGAAAAAGUUUAAAAUAUUAACACGUAUUUUCGUUACACCUUGUAUAUUCGUAGGUAAGGGUAGUUAUUGAGCUUAAGCUCUUCGGGUAGCUUGUAUAUAGCUUUUAUGGAAUAAGUUUUAUACGGAUAUAUUUUGUAUGAAUUUGAAUAUAGUUUUUAAAUAUAAUGUUAUAAUUUUGAAAGUGUUGCACAGACAGUAUAUUACUGCCGGUGUCAUAUAUGUAUCUAUACAACUUCUUUAUCUAUUCAAUCUAUACAAUACAUUUUUUACAAAAAAAAGUACCUAUGAUUUUUUUGACAACUUGCUGGGUGGGUAAAAUAGAAAUAUUUCGUUGAUAUAUUUAAUUGUAUGAUGGGGGGGGUGGAAUCAAUAUUUGUCAAUUUUUUUGGAAGUUUAUAACGAAUGUUCUCGAGAAAUAAACCUAUAGUCUGUAUCUUUAGGUAUUUAACUAAAAGUAAACAAACAAUUUGUACUUACAUUUUCGGGUAGUUAUAACAUUGGUUAAUAACCGACCAAUUACAAAACCGCCUGAAUCAGUCACUGAACGACCUGACUUUAACCUACAUUAUUUGAUCGUGUAAUGUUUUCAUCUACCCUCAACUGGUUAACGAGGCAUUUGAGGGUAGAUUUUGUUUACUUUUAUUUAAAUACCUAAAGAUACAGAGUAUAACUAAAAAACUGAAAGACCAGGAUAAACUUUAACCCUUUGACGCGCCAUGGACACCUAAAGUCAUCAUGAGGCGUAAUUUAUAGCUGCCGAGUAAAACAAGGUGAUUGGUACAUCGUUUGCCAAAUUGAAACGGCAGAUAGGUUGAGUCAUGUGCUAUCUUCUCAUGCCUGGAAAAUCGAAAUUGGCCAUGGUUUUUUUUACUACUACGCAAGUAAAAAUUUGAAAUUUACUAUAAACUGGCAUAGAAGUGAAAAAAAAAAAUGUGCGCCAAAUUAAAAAUUUCUAGGCCUGAGAAGAUAGCAAAUCAACCUAUCUGCCGUUUUAAUUUGGCAAACGAUGUACCAAACAUCCUGUAUUAUGCUUUCAAAUAAGGAUUAUUCUGAUGAAGGUUCAUACCGAUGAUCUUGGCGUGUAAGUGACGUUGUUCGGUAUGAUGCAUGGCAUUCAAAGGGUUAAUAUUCUAGAGACCAUGGAAACAAAUUCCUAAGUGACGUAAACCCAUAUACUCUGGAAAUCCAACCUUUUCAGUAGAAAAAGGCGCGAAAUUCAAAUUUGUAUGGGGUUCGACCUUCGUGUCUACAUUUUGCAGCCGCCUUUUUUUACUGACAGCUGGCUUUUGCCAAAGUAUAUUAUGGUUUGAUGGUAUUCAUAAAUAAAUGUGUAUUUAGUUAUUACAAUGUAAAAUAUAGAAAAUUUUGUUAUUGAAAAUGUAUAGGUAGUAAAACAUACAUAUUGCCGUAAUUAUAGCAUUUUGUGAUACAAAUGUGAUUUGUGAGGGUAUUUAUGAAUAAAAAUAUUCAACUUUAA